CUAUAUAAACCUGCCCUUUUCUUUCCCUCCUUACUUUACUUCUCUCUCUCACCCUCCAAUUUUCUGUUUGUUUUCCUUCUCGGUUUUCCUGUGAAACAAACAGCCCUGACAUCGAAAUUCUUCCAUUUCAAAGCCCUUUCAACCAUUAUCUUCCUCAUUUUCAACUCUUCAUUCGAUCCACUCCUUAGAAUCUCCAAUUUCCCAUCUAUCUCCCUCAGUUUAUUUCCAUUUUAGAAUUUUAUUUAUUCCUCUGUCUUUUCACUUCGAGUUUAGAUCUUCUGAUUUGGUCUAAUGAGUCGCUACGAUUCUAACCCGUUCGACGAAGAAGAGGUUAAUCCUUUCGCGGAUCAAGCAACAAAGGGGAAAGGAUCAGGGCAAUCAAAUUAUGGUGGAGGUUCCUUUUAUAUGACCAAUCCUGGAAGUGUUCCUCCUGCAACCUCAAGGCUUUCACCCCUUCCUCCUGAACCUUAUGAUCGGGGUGCAACGGUUGAUAUUCCCCUUGACAGUGGAAAGGAUUUGAAAUCAAAGGAGAGGGAGCUCCAAGUUAAAGAGGCUGAGCUUAAGAAGAGGGAACAGGAACUAAAACGGAGGGAAGAUGCGAUAGCACGGGCUGGAAUUGUAAUAGAAGAGAAGAAUUGGCCACCAUUUUUUCCCAUUAUCCAUCAUGACAUUUCAACUGAAAUACCAAUCCAUCUCCAAAGGAUGCAAUAUGUUGCAUUUACAACAUUGUUGGGAUUAUUUGUGUGCCUUUUGUGGAAUAUUGUGGCAGUUACCACUGCCUGGAUCAAAGGCGAAGGUCCAACAAUUUGGUUUCUUGCUAUCAUCUACUUCAUAUCAGGGGUUCCUGGAGCCUAUGUUAUGUGGUAUCGUCCUUUAUAUCGUGCAAUGAGGACUGAUAGUGCUCUGAAAUUUGGGUGGUUUUUCCUGGCUUACCUGAUCCACAUUGGCUUUUGCAUCUUUGCUGCUGUUGCUCCUCCAGUUGUUUUCAAGGGGAAGUCUCUUGCAGGUAUUUUUCCUGCUAUAGAUCUUCUCGGCAAACAUGUUUUAGUUGGGAUAUUCUACACAGUUGGAUUUGUAUGUUUCUGCAUCGAAUCCUUGCUCAGUAUCUGGGUUAUACAGCAAGUUUAUAUGUAUUUCCGAGGCAGUGGGAAGGCUGCAGAAAUGAAGCGGGAAGCUGCAACAAGGACAAUGAUGGCUGCACUUUGAUGGCACUGCUGUGUAAUAGAGAUAACUAUUAAUGGAUAGAGCCAAAACAAUACUUCACUCAUUUUUUUUUCCCUUCUAUACCUUCGUGGCUUGCUUUAGGAUGCAAAACUUUUUGAUGUGGUGUCUACUUACAUUAUCAGGUGAAGAAUCUUAGACAAAUUAGAAAGUUGAGUAGAGGUUUGUAGUGAGCUUGUGGCUGUGAUAGCUUCAAGGUUUGAUCUUGACAUGUUUCCUGAUGUACAAUUUCUAUGUUAUUAUGUUUAUUCUUUUACAUUUUC